AUGUCGGAGCAGUUGAGACACCACAUUUUGGAAAAUCUUUUACGCAAGUUACAGCAGGGAUUCAGUUCAGUACCACUUAAUCUGGAUUAUCUGGAAUUUCUCUGUCGUCAGGAGCUGUAUAUUCUGGAGGCCCUGUCCAAUCAUAUAGAAAUUCCCCCUGCCAUCACCCAGGCUAUGCAGGAGCUUUUUGACCUUGUGAGGGCACAAGUGGAACAUCCAGCCCCAUGUGUCAGAGUUGAAAUUAGUGGUAGCAAAGGACGACCAAAAAUUUUAAUUGAGGAAGAACGCUUGAAAGAAAUGCUCCAUGCUCAACUUCCUGUGCAAUGCAUAGCAACACUGAUGGGUGUUUCGAGAAACACCAUUUUCAGACGCAUGAAACAGUAUGAGCUCUCUGUUAGGGACAUCUAUAGUUCCAUUAGUGAUGAUGAACUUGACAAUGUGGUAUCUUCUAUCAAGAACAAUUUACCAAAUGCAGGCUACAGGAUGGUCAAAGGAAGACUGGAGUCAAUGGGCCACAGGGUUCAGUGGAGUAGAGUAGCAGCCUCUAUGCAUAGGAUCGAUUCUGUGGGCAUCAUCUCCAGGCUGUCAAGUCUUGGCUGUGUUGUGCGCAGAGUGUACUCUGUACCAGGGCCCUUGUCUCUGGUACAUGUGGACACAAACCACAAGUUAAUAAGAUAUAAUAUUGUGAUAUUUGGAGGUGUGGAUGGUUUCUCCAGAAAGAUAUUGUACUUGAAUGCAGCCACAAAUAACCGUGCAUCCACAGCAUUUUUAUUCUUUCUGGAGGCAACUCAGCGCCACGGUUUACCUUCAAGGGUAAGAGCUGACCAGGGAGUGGAGAAUGUGGACAUUGCUCGGUUUAUGUUUACUGUCCGUGGAAAUGAUAGAGGAAGCUUUAUCUCAGGAAAAAGCGUGCACAACCAAAGGAUAGAACGGUUAUGGCGAGAUGUGUGGGUUUCUGUGUCAUCUAAGUAUUACAACCUUCUACACUCUCUUGAAGAAGAUGGUCUCCUGGACAUUUCAUUAACGGAUGACAUAUUCUGUGUGCAUUAUGCAUUUCUACCAAGACUCAAAAGAGACUUGGAGAUAUUUACUGAAGGAUGGAACCACCAUCCCCUCCGUACAGAAGGAAACCGGACUCCGACCCAGAUCUGGGAGAUUGCACAGAUGCUGAGUACUAAUGCACCUGUACAUUCUGAAAACCUUGAGGACCUACAAGAGCCAGACAUUGACUGGGAGAGCGCUGUUGACUUUGAUCACCUUUACUCAGAAACUGGUAUUGUAGUGCCAGAAUAUGAGUGUCCUCUCACUAUUGAGAAAAUGAAUGAACUGCAAACUUUGGUUGAUCCAAGUGACCUAAGCAUUACUGAUGAACAGUUAUACAUUGUCUGCCAUGAACACAUAAAACGCCUGCAGACACAAAUGUAA